AUGCGUUCUGCGGCGGGGUUCGCUCCGGCGGGGCCUCAGGGCAGCGCGGGGUGGCGAGUGCAUCCCCAGCAGACUGGCGGGGAGAAGCAAGUCGCGGAAGCCUUGCAGGAAGUCCUCAGUCGACUGGGCAACAAACUCUGCGCGGACUGCGGGGCCAAGCAUCCGCGAUGGGCGUCAGUGAAUCUCGGCGUUUUCAUUUGCCUCGAGUGCAGCGGCGUCCACCGGAAGAUGGGCGUCCACAUCAGCAAGGUGAAAUCGGCCACGCUAGAUCGCUGGACUUGGCAGUGGGUGGAGACGGUUCGUAGCAUUGGGAACGAAAUCGCAAAUGCGUACUACGAGUACAGACUCCCCAAAGACUACAAAAAGGCGACACGAGAGGACGACAACGCAGCCAUGGAGAAUUGGAUUCGAAUGAAAUACGAGCGCAAAUCAUUCGUUCCCAAAGGUUUCCCCGAGCCCUGGCAGGCCGUGGAAGCAGGUGCCGACCCGCGCGUGCAGUGCUUUCCUUCGACGGAGGAAGGACACGUGAGCGAGGCUUCCGCCUGCGAAGCGAAGAAAACCAAGAGCAAGAAAGAGAAGAAGAAGAAGGAAGUGUCCUCUGAUGCCGGCAGCCCCAGAGCGUCUCCCAAAGCCGCUUCGCAGGAGCAGAGACAGUCGAAGACAUCGGCAGACAAACGCGCGACGGCGGCAUCCGCGGCGAGUCUCGUCGCCCUCACGGACAGUUUCGCUUCUUUGGGUGUGGAAAACUCGCCCGGCCUGCCUGCUGGGGCGCCGCAGGCCUCGUUUCCUUCGCCCUUCCCGGCCUCGCCUUUUCCCUCUUCGCCCGGCGCCGCCUUCCCGGCGCGAGGAGCCUCGCCAGCCUCUGAAGGAGAUGCAGGCGAGGCGCAUCUGUGGGGCAACGCUUCGGACGCAGACCGGAAAGUUCAAGCAGCCAAGGCGGCCAUCGCGCGCGUGGAUUGUGGCGGUGAGGAAAAGGUGCGUCCCAUGGGGCGUCGGACUGCAGGGUGGCUGCAGGAACACUGGACAAGUGCAGGCUGUGACAGCGUGAGUUUUGAUCAGCUGCAGUGUGUGAGAUUGGAAAUCGCUUUGUCGAUCGAGGACAUGUCACGGGAUGAAAUCAACUCGGUUUUCCCUGGCUUUCCAGCAGCCUUUAGCGCUCCCGCUCUGGCGAGUGCUGCGCAGCCCGUUAACGCAGGCUCGUCCUCGAAUGGGAAUCCCGCCCCGUUUUCUGCGACGCCGGGGCCUGCAGGUCCGUCGGACUUGGGGGCGCUCCCCGACUGGCCCGACGGCGCGACCGCGGCUGCGGCGACGGGCGCGGCCUCGGCGCCCUGGCCGACAGCCUGGCCCAGUUCGGUGUCUCCUGGGUCUCAGAAUCGAGGGGGAAGCCAGGCGCUGCAUGCGGCCACGCUGAAUUCCUUCUUUCCGACUUCUGACUCCGCACCGAGCGGGAAUGGGUCAGCCUUCUUCGGCUCCGAGGCCUCCACCGCGCCUCUCGGCGCUUCUGCGCUCGCCACGGGCCGAACGGAGACAGAGCACGCCCACAGCCGAGACGGCGGCCCCGGUGGCUCAAGCGCGUUGACCGGGAUGAAACUCGGGGAGAUUUCCCUUUGGAAUUCUGCCUCGAGUCCGGCGAAGAGCGAGAACGCGUUUUCUUCUCUGAACGCCCUCGACGCGUUUGCACUGGCAAGCAAAGUGCAGGCCCCACAAAAGGAGACGGCAAAGGCAGGUGCAAUGAGCCGCGCGGGAGGCGCACCGAACGGGACUGGGAGGGACGAGAUGUUCGCCGCGGGGGCUGGAGCAGGCUGGGUCGGCGUGUCCAGUCCGUCUACGCCGGCUCCAGCGUCCGGGACGAGUGCGGACGAGUUGCUGCUGAUCUAG